AACACGUAUAACAGCUGCAGUACAUUCUGCCUUACAGCGUGCAGAUUUCAGCAAUUCUGUUUUUACUUUCUUAUUCUUCGAAGCUUCAUUCUUAUUUUUCUUGAUCGUGCGAAAGUAACUGACCAGGGAAGCCACUAUGACGACAAAUCCAUCGUGGAAUCAACCGCCAUACCCCAGUCAGCCGCCCAUGUACAACUAUGGCUCUUCCGCGAGCUACCCUCCAUCAUCAAACCAAGCUGCUUAUCCUCCGCCGAUUGAAACGGUGCCACACAAUGCAGCUUACCCUCCUGUAGCGCCUACAGCUCCUCCGCCGUCUUACGAAUCGGCUGUUGGUGGUGGAAAACCAGAGAAUGCGCCCGGGAAUUUCUCGUAUCAACCGCAACCUUUUCCAACAGCUCGAGCGGCAAGCUAUCCAACUUACCCCUCGACAACAACUGACGUGGAAUAUGGGAGAACAGAUGCAUUGGCGUUCUCUGGGAUCAUCAGUUUUAGUGACAAAUUCACAGUGUUAGAGGUUUUGUGCAGAAUAACUGGGGCAUGUAUGUCUCAGCAUAUGUGGUGUUCUUAGUGUUGUACUUUGUUUUGAUCUGUUGCGAGGGAGUGAGGAGGAGCUAUCCAGCCAAUGUUAUUAUGCUUUCUAUCUUUACGUUAUCUUUGUCCUACCUUGUUGGAGUGAUUUCCAGCUUCCAUGAAACCAACAUUGUGUUGAUCAUGAUGGGAGUGACCACUCUGGUCUGUGCUUCUGUCAUGAUCUUUGCCUGUCAGACCAAGUAUGACUUCACCACAUGGGGUGGAGUGUUGUUUUGUGCAGCUCUGGCCAUUUUUUUUCUCAGUAUCUUCACACCUCUUUGGUUGGCACUUUCAACAACGGCUGGAAAGAUUGUCAUUGGUGGCUUAUUGGCAUUGGUCUUUGUUGCAUUCCUUGCCUAUGACGUGCAACUGGUGAUGGGUGGAAAGAAGUACGAGUUGAGUCCAGAAGAGUACAUCUUUGCAUCCUUGAUUCUAUACAUGGAUAUCAUUCGCAUCUUCUUGUUGCUUCUGGCAAUAUUUGGUCGUGGAAGCAACUGAACCAUGUCAGUAACAACUAACUACACCUAAAGGUGUAACUUAAAGCACAAGCCCAAAAUACUUUACAAAUGGUAAACCAUCCUGAUAUGAUUAUUAUAAUCAUGAAAUAAAUUCUUGUCUCUCACUUCAACACAUGUCCUUGGUAUCAAGUUAAAGUGGAAUAAUGAUAUCAAUAAUAUGUUUUAAGUAAUAUUUUCUAGCCCAUUUGAUCUUAUGGAACAAUGUUGAUAUUCGCUAAAGAAUAUUAUUAUAUUGUUAAUAUUGUUAAUGUAUAACAUGAUUUAGAAAUGUAAGGGAUCCCUAAUUAACAUGAUUUGUGUAGAGGUAUUUUGUAUGUCUACAAGUUGGACAAGAUCUAAUUAGAAGUGAUUUAGUAUAAUUUCUUAGGGUGUAGAAAUGUAUAAAAUCAAAAACUGUCAACAGAUAUAAGCAACGUUAAUGUCCAAAUUUCCUAGAAGGUGCUUUUUUGGCUCACAUGAUGUUAUACGGUUGCCACUGUUAUCAUCAGACAAUAACUCUUUUGUUUGCAUGGGUCCUAAGGGGAACAGGUAGAUAACAGUGUUAACUGUAACACAUCAAAUGAUUCAACUUAGGGACACACAGAAUUCCAGGCUGCACAAAAGCCAUUUCCUGUUUCAAUGUUUUCUCACAUCAAGUAUUUCAUUUUCAUUUAUGACAACUCAGUUUAAUGUAAAAUAUAAUUUUUGAUAAUUUAAUGAUGUUUUAUUCCAUUGCUGGAGGUUUCCUUCAAGAAAAGCUCAGGGCAAAAUUUGAAAUUCAGUCAAAGAAUUUCUGUCCAAGAGUCAUAUAAACAUCCAAAUAAUAUAAUUUGUCAAUCAAUAUUGAAUGCUUCAACUUUCCCCCACCCCUAGUCAAUCCUUAGGCAUUUGAACUUUGAAGAUUGGUUGGAACAAAUACUUACCCCCUCCCCCCCUCCAGUUAAAGUUGUGUUCAAAUGCCUCACCCAACUUUUUUGCAAAAGGCAAGAUCACCAAGUGUAACUUUCUACAAAUUGCCCAAUGUUAAAAACCUGGACCGUGAAGACCUGUUCUUCUGGGCCAUUUUUCACCAAAGUUAACUAUAAUUUAUCUUGCAUACCACCAUAUUUGAAGAUGUAACACUUGUAUUUGGCUGGAAAGACUUGACACUUCCUGUUCAAAUUUCCCACCCCAGCCUGGAAAGGUUCAAAUUUGCCACCUCCCAGGCAUGGAAGAUAGUCAAGUGCCAAGUUAAGGGUGGAAUAAUUAGCACAUCUAGAGUAAAGUUGGAACUUGUAUGUUCAUUUUUUUAAAUCUACAAGUAGGAAAUGGUUAACUGUGUGUCAUUGUGCUAAAAUGUUUGUAUUAAUUAUGAGAGUGUGGAUGUAAACUGCUCUUUAGAUGUAAUGACCUAUAGAAAAUAAAUACGUGUCUCAUACAUGAGAAGAAGUUGUUUUAACAUCUUAAAUACUAAUAAGUUUGUUUGUACCAUGUAACAUGUGUCUGAAAAUAUAACAAAGUUUACUGCAAUACUA